AUGGCGGGGCCCGGCCCGGACCACCGGGGGGCCCGGAUCACCGGGGGCGGCUGGGGGCGUCGAGGGGGCCGGGCCGCAUGGCAGGGCGCUGCGGAGAAAGGGAAGGGGCAGGCCCGCGGCGCGGGGAGCUCCGGACGCCGCGGACCCCCCCGCCCGGACCCCGCCCCGGUACCUGCGGGCGUCGGGAACACCUCAGUGCCGCCCGGCUGCCGCCGCCAUCUUGGAACGGGGAAAGAGAGAGCGAGCGCGCGGGGUGGGCCGUGGGGGGUGCUCACCUUACCCCCCCCUCUCCGCCGCCCCCCAGGCGUAGUUCCCCUCCCCGACACGGCCAUCGACUUCUCCGACCUGCGCAGUGCGGCCCCGCGGAAGCCCGAGCGGAGCCAGGAGGACUGGACGGUGUGUGACCGCUGCGAGGCAUACCGACCGCCUCGCGCCCACCACUGCCGCAUCUGCCACCGCUGUGUGCGCCGCAUGGACCACCACUGCCCCUGGAUCAACAACUGCGUCGGGGAGUUAAACCAGAAAUACUUCAUACAGUUCCUCUUCUACGCCGGGCUGGCUAGUCUCUACGCUGCAGGACUGGUGCUGGCCGCCUGGCUGGGACCGGUGGGCAGGAGCCCGGCAGGGAUGGCAGCGGGAGGAGAUGUUGCCAACAACCGUGUCCAGACGGCUCACUGCAUUAUCCUGCUGCUAGAGUCCCUCUUCUUCGGAGCCUUUGUCACCGUCGUGUUUUAUGAUCAGGUCGUGUCGAUCAUCACGGACAAGACGCCCCUGGAGCAGCUCCGCAAUCGGGGGUUGAAGGAGAUGAACCGGGAGGGGCCACGUCCCCUGAAACCCAAACUGGUGCUGCUGCGGGAGGUGUUCGGGCGAGGUUUCGUGCUCUGCUGGCUCUUCCCCUGGAGCUGCAGCACCGCCCCAGGCACGGGUCCCAUGUACAGCCCCCUGCCCAGCCGCUAUGUCUGAGCUCCCUGUACUUGGCACGUGAGAGGAUGCUGGAAACACACCGAUGACAGCUUCAUGCCGGGAUGCGAAGCCGUGACUGAGCUUCACUGCCUCCGUGCCCGGCCACGUGAGCCCUCUGCCCACCCAGGGGUGAAUUGGCUGCCCCCAAAGCCAGGGCAUUUCCCUGGCAGCACCAAGCCAGUGCAGCAACGAGCUCCUGGGGCUUUCCGGCAGAGUGGGUGCCUGGCCCCGCUGUCCUUGGAGUGCAGCGGGGUAGGAUUGUCCACCCCGGGAUGUCUCAGAGCAGGCUGGCAGCAGGGCCCUGUGUGCCAGCAGCUCUGGCUGCCGUCUCGAGAGACAGGUACAGACCUCUGGCCACCCUGGGGGGCU